AUGGCUGCGGAACCAACACGAGAGUGGAGCGAUGAGCAGCUCAAAAGUGAUGAGUUACCCAAAAAGGACAUCAUCAAAUUCAUUCAGGAUAAUGCAGCCCACUCGUUUCUCACUGAACACAAACUACUAGGAAACAUCAAGAAUGUGGCGAAAACAGCAAAGAAGGAGCAACUUGUCUUAGCCUAUAACCAGCUUUUUGAGAGCAAGAGGUUUAAAGGCACGGAAGUUGAGGAGGUGACAGAGAAGGUGACAGCUGUGAAAAUUGAAGAGAAACCCAAAGAAUCCAAAGAACCUGAACCUGUGGAUGAGGGCCCUCCUAAGUUUACAAAGACAGUGCUAAAGAAAGGAGACAAGGUCAACUUUCCAAAGAAGGGUGACACAGUGAGCUGCUGGUACACUGGGACUCUGGAAGAUGGAACAGUGUUUGACACAAACGUUGCAGCAUCUGCAAAGAAAAAGAAACAGGCGAAACCACUGAGCUUUAAGGUUGGAGUGGGCAAAGUUAUCAGAGGGUGGGACGAGGGUCUUAUGACGAUGAGUAAAGGUGAGACAGCCCGACUGGUCAUUGAGCCGGAAUGGGCCUAUGGCAAAAAAGGACUGCCAGAUUCAAAAAUUCCCCCUAAUGCGAGGCUCAUUUUUGAAGUGGAACUGGUCUCUAUUGAUUGAUGUUGAGGGAAUCCUGCCAGCAUGAAACAUUUUCAAACUGACUACAAUACAGAUGUCAUGGGAAGGUUCCCAAAUCAGUAUAUGCACAGUAUAGUCUGCGUUAUAAAACCAACUGUGAAAAAUUGUGCAAAUUGGAAAUAGAAAUUAAGCAGAUCAUUUUGCAACUAAAGACUGGAUUUAAAACACUGUAACAGCUUCACCACCAUAAUUGACCAGAUAUAGUAUUUUUGCAUGUUUGUUGUGUGUCAUAAUAAAAAAAAAAUCUGCUUUUCUCAUCUGCUUCAACUGCUCAGUUUGUCUUACUUUAUCGAAAUAUUUAAUAACACCCAGUGCAGCUUUAUCUCUUUGCUAGUGCUCACUGGCUUUGGACACCUGACAAACUUCACAGCAUCCAUCAGUUAUGCCAACUUUAAAAUGUAAAAUUAAAAUCUGAAAUUCAGUGUGUCAACCCUGAAUGCAUAGUCUGUUUCUUUCCACAGUUAAUUUCUGUCAUGUGAAUGUUGAAUUCAAAUGCAGAAUGCAAACUUCUGAUCCUCUAAUUAGACUAAACAAGACAAUUUCAUUGAAGAUGCUAAAAACGCCCUGGCUUAGGAUACGCAGACAGAAUUUGGA